AUGGAGUCACGCGAUAUGAAACCAGCGCCCUGGACCUACCACCACAUUUCAGAGGUCCCUCAUAUGAUUGACGGUAGAUGGCCUGGGAAAGUUGAACGGUCAAUGGAUCAUCUGUACGAGGCCACGUGUGACGCAUACCAAAUAUACGAUGAUAUGAACAACGAUGCAUGGGACGACGGGCGCUUGCCUCGUCAUUAUACCGUCCCCGAGAUUAUCCAAAUGACAGAACGUGUGGAAGAGGCUAUUAACGUUCUCAAACGCGCCUGCAAGCAUCCCAUGCCCUCGGAGCAACAUUUCAUAAGUGAAGCUCAUGUGUUGAUUCAAGAGGCGUAUGAGACGAGAUGCCAGCUAUUCUUGCUCGCUGGGAUUGACGCCAUCCGUGAACUUCGCCAAAAGAGAAAAAUCGCACGAAAAGAACGAAAGGAUCCACUCAAACGAGCGAUGGCGAGAAGAGCGGAAUAUGGCCUGGGCCCGGAGACAGGAAGACAAGUGCUCGAUGCAAUAAUCCAAGAACGACAGGAAACGGAGAGGCGAACACGAGUAUUCGAUGGCCUGAUCGGACGUGCUCGACAGGAAGGACAGGAAGUCCACAGACGCCCGCAAGAAUCUCAAGAGGAAAUCCAGGAGCGACUCCGGCGACGAGCUCGAGUCCUGGACAUUAUUCAUACUGCGAGAGCAAAUGUAAUGCUAAUUCUCUCUCACAAUGAAAGAGCAAUGCCACAAUGCAAAGGAGGUCGCCGCAGAAUGAAUCGUGCAGCGCCUAUGUUGACGAGCGAAACGGCGGACGUCUUUAUGAAGAGUGUCCACGUUGUUGUCCUUGCUCUGGAGCUUUUAUCUGGGAGGGAGCGGGAUGAGGAGAUUCGGGCUUUCUUGCGGGAGUAUCAGGCCAGUGGAAGUACGAUUUUGCGUUCUUUGAAUCUUUUGUACGGUCAAUGUCGAGCUCUUUUGGGUGAGGAUGUACCUCCUGUGCCGGCAUAUUAUUCGAAUAGGGAAGAGAGUAGCUCGUCUGGGGGAGAGUCAGCCUCGAUGGGUCAUGAUUUCGUGUUGCCAGUUGAAUGGCGAACAGAUCAAUCUGGUGUCCCUUUUAACACCGCCAGGAGAAGAUAA